CAACUCUGCAACUACGACCAAAUCGUGUCGGCAUCAACCACAACCACCACCGAAACCCAUCCUUCCAAGAGCCUAUAAAAGUGACCACGCGAUCAGAAGCUAGAACCGAUCACACAAACACAUCGUCCCUCAAGAAUGGACUACCAAAACCGCGCCGGUUCCAAGUUCGGCGGCGGCGGCGUGGCCUCGCACAGCGCCACCAACGCCGACCGCCGCGAGCGCCUGCGCAAGCUGGCUCUUGAGCACAUCGACCUGGACAAGGACCCUUACAUCUUCAAGAACCACUUGGGCGCCUUUGAGUGCCGACUCUGCCUGACGGUGCACCAAAAUGACGGCUCUUACCUCGCCCACACCCAAGGGCGAAAGCACCAGACCAACCUGGCGCGUCGUGCCGCGCAGGAGAAGCGCGACGGGAGGGACAAGAACAUCGACCCGCAGACAGGGUUGCCGGUCGGUGUGGUGGGCGCCGGGUUCAGCGCGUUGGGGUUGGGCGGCGGCGCGAGGAAGAACGCGGUCAAGAUCGGUAGGCCGGGUUACAAGAUUACAAAGAUUCGGGAUCCCGUCACCAGGGCGGAGGGUCUUCUGUUUCAGCUCCAGUUUCCGGAUAUAUCGCCCGGUACAGUGCCAAAGUGGCAGGUCAUGUCGGCGUUUAGCCAGCGCGUCGAGGAGCCGGAUAGGAACUACCAGUAUCUGCUCGUGGCGGCCGAGCCGUACGAGACGUGCGGCUUUAAGGUCCCGGCACGAGAGCUCGACAAGCGCGAGGGGAGGAUGUUUGAAUACUGGGACCCGGAUGCGAAAGAGUAUUGGGUUCAGGUUAUGUUUAUGACGGAGCGGGAGGAGCGGUUCAAUGCCGCUCCGGGGUUGGGGGCGAGGAGUUGAUGAGGUUGGUGGCGAUGGUGAUCAAUGUUGCAGAGAAAAACCGCAGGGGAAGAUCGCCAAGGGCGAGAUUGAACGGCCUCUUCGUUCGACUAUGACGCCCCAUGUCUAACCGGCCGCCCCUUCGCUGCGGUGCGGUCAGUGACCUAUGGAGAGCGCAUGGUCAAGCUUUUGCCAGGAAAGGCAGAGCUGCUGGGUGUGCGAGUGGAUUUGCUUCACUCGUGAGAUGCCGAAUGUGAUCUGAAAUUGUAACGAAUCAGGGCCUCAAAAAGGCUACCGAGCAGAGUGUACCACGACGUCCACGUUUUUGGCUCCUGUAAAGAUAAUGAAUAAAAUACCCAGCAGUCCGACUCAACGUUCCAACGGCACUCUUGACAUUACGUAUGGUCCUGGGGCUCUGGAGUUUUGAC